AUGUAUUGUGGAUUUGUGAGAACGAACAGUUUAACAAUUCAUUGUUUCUCAAUUCAUUGUUUCUGUGGACUUAGUCUUUUAUGCACUCGCAAAUUUCACCCUCUCUGAAAAUUUUUUGGAAAUCAAAUAACAAGGAAUCUUAAAACAUAUGCACGUAGUGGAGUUCACGUGAAGUUUACGUGCAGAACAACCAUGUUUCUGUGGGCUGGUACACUGAUUGCUAGAUCUAAGGGCAUAAAAAGCCAAUUAGCAUACGAAAAGGUCUUCUUUGCUUUGACCCCUUGGUGUGCUACUAAAAAGGACUAAUUUACAUAUCAAUACGGCUUCUUAUCUUGUCAUUUUAUUGAGUGCGAUGUUAAUCUGAUGACCUCUGCAUUUAUAGUAACUUCAAAUCAAACAACAGUUGCCCCUUCCUUGUACAUGGUGCGUAUUCUAAAUGGAGGGAGACAUAAAAGAUAGUGGGAGGCGGUACCGUUUGGAUAAUAUUCUUCAAAGACCAAGAUUUCUUUUCCAAGAUGUGGAUAAUACUAAUCGUGAUCUGUUCAUACAUUCACCUGUUCGGACCAUUAGGAGGCCAAUGUACUUUCCUGGCAGUCCAGUGGAGGUACAGAGAAUACCUCAAUAUGAUAAACAUUUGAAGGAGCUUACAGACACAUUACCCGCGUCACAUGAGGAUUAUGUAGAGCUGUCACGCAAUAGUAAUUGUGUCUCAAAUAUGGUUAAAGAUCGAGAAGAUGAUGUUAAACUUGCAUCAAAUGAAGCGAAAUUGUUGCAAAUUCAGGAGCGAUUUCCAAGUGAUGAACUAUACCUGAACGACAGUGAAUACUAUAUGUGUAAAUCACAGAAGUUCAAAGGUUUGGUAAUGCGCCGGAGGUCAGCGCCUUCUGCGGUUAUCCGCAAUGCUUUCAAUAAUAGGAAUAAGAAUGUGGAUAAAAGCCCUACAAGUCCGCCUGUGUUCCCUGAACUGUCGAGCCUGGCAAACGACACGGGUCAUCCAUAUUCUAACAAUAACAGAGAAUUUAUCUCAGAAGUUGCUGUGACGUUAACGUCGGGAGUACAAUCACAGGAAAGAUACUUGUUUCUGUUUAGUGAUCUUCUCCUAGUAGCAAAACCCAAUAAAUCGUGUACAUCAUUUAAAUUGAAAUCCCGGUUGCGUGUGAGCGAGCUGUGGCUAGCAACGUGUAUUGACGAAGUGUCUGAAGUGUCUAACCCUGUGGAGAGGUCUUUUGUUCUUGGCUGGCCUACCACAAGUUACGUGCUCACUUUCUCAACCAUAGCAAUGAAGGAAUUAUGGCAAAAUUUACUCAGCAAACAUAUGACAAUGGAAAAGGAGAAAGAAGAGCCGAAAAGAAUUCCAGUGAAGAUUCAGAGCAAAGAGACAAGCUCGUCGAAAACAUUUGAAAUCACGAAUACAGAGAGUACGGAGCAAGUUCUCAGUUCGUGUUUGAAUGAGUUCGGGAUCGCAUCUGCGCAGCUAAAGGACUACCAGUUAUGGGUGAUGACCGGGAAGGAUGAUCCAUUUUACCCCCUUAUAGGACACGAGUUGCCGUUUUCAAUUGUACUUAGUCAUCUACGGGACGCAGCAGCAGCUAGUGAUAUAUACGUGCUACCGACAGAUUUGACGAUGGAUACGGUUCCAGCUGAAUUCCAAUGUAAAUUCGUUUUGAAGAAGGCGCAAAAUACAUCACAAGGAAUCGACAAUUCAAAUAAGAGAUUAAAAACUAAAAGGAAAUCACCCCUGAAAUUAUUCGGACGUGGAUCCAGCAAAACUGAUUUGUUCGACGCAUCAUCGCCCUCGCCAUCUGGAAAAUUGUUUGGUCUUCCAUUGUCUCAACUCUGUCCUGACAAACGCCUUCCGAAACCAGUAAGAGAUAUGCUGAGUCAUCUACAUGAGAACGCUCCAUUUACGACGGGGGUGUUCAGAAAAUCGCCAAAUGUACGAGUAUGUCGGGAACUGAAAGAGAAGUUAGAUGCCGGAAUAGAGUGUUCAAUGGAUGCUUAUUCAACAUAUGUUGUUGCUGCUACCAUAAAGGAUUUUUUACGCAAUAUACCACGUUUUGUGUUUAACUAUGACCUCUAUGAUAAUUGGAUGAACACGGUGAACAUGUCAGAAGGCAAGGAGAAGAUUGAUGCCGUUAAGAAGUGUUUAGGUCAGUUACCCGACGAGAAUGUUGAGCUGUUGAGGCACUUGUUCUGCGUGCUGCAUUUCAUAAAUGAAAACUCAAAUGAAAACAGCAUGACGGCAUACAACCUAGCGAUCUGCAUCGCCCCCAGUAUGUUGAAUCCAGCAUCUACUACCAACCCGAUGGUACAGGCUCAAGCAAGUAGGAUGGUUCCAAAGUUGGUACAGUACAUGAUUGAAGAAGCUAAGCUGAUCUUUGGCCCUGAAAUAUUCAACUUGUUCGGCAGUACUCCAAGGAGGAAGUCAGUGGAGGGGAGACGGCUUGACUCGAGUGGAGAUUCUGACAGCCUACACAGUGGUCAUGAUAUUAAUGGAUCAUCAUUGGAUAGUCUUGACAAGUACUGUAUGCAAGAGAAUUUUGGAACUCGUCAGCAUAAAAACUCUGCAUUGUUAUCCCCUUCCAGUCUGAGUCGCGACUCCGGACUCACUUUGAGCGAUUCACAGUUAUACCCGGAAUCGGACACAACUGAUACUACAGACUCCGGUGUUGAUGCUCGGGAAAAAAUUGGUUCCAAUAACAGCGGUAGCAGUACAUCAAUGCGCCCGCCAUUGCUACAUAGCAUGAGUGCCUCACAAGUUAAGCUUUUUGACGGGGACAGCUUGUACGAUUCCAAACAUCCAACGGCUCUGGAUUUGUCCGAUCAAUUCCGUCGACAGUCGGAUCCAGUUAAAAAGGAUAAACAAUUACGAAUGAACAGCAAAUCAUCACAGUACGUCAUGAGUGAAUCGGAUCAUGAACUUGAUUUUACGUCUGAUGUAAUUCGCACCUUAGGUGACUUAGAACUUGAUGGUGCACGAUUGUUCGAUGAAUCAAAUUUUACACGCUACAGAAACCAACAAAAUUCAAGCAACAGAAGUGGAACAAAACCCACAGCUCUGUCGCUCAACCUUUUGCAGAAUCGCAGUGGGGGUAGCGCAUUUUCAGAAUCGUUUCCCAUGCCAAGAUACGGGAGACAAUCGUCAGAACAAAUUGCUCCAACGAGCAAUGUGCGACGGGCUUCAGACUUACAAAGUAAAAGUACAAACUAUAAAGUUGAUGAAAGAAAAAUGAGUUAUGAUCUUGUAUCUAGUACGAAAAAUAGUGUAGAUUACGGAAAAUCCACCCAAAGCCAUGUGCGGCGUUCACACAACAGCACUCCCUCACGAGGAAAUAUUCAAAGGGUUUAUCCAUCAGAUCGCGCUGGUGAGUUUUUCCCUGCACAUGCUACAAAAUCUGCUUUCUCUCGGCCACGGCAGCAAAGAAGCAGUGGUGAAACUGACAUUGAUAAAACACAAGGCCCCACAGUCUUGAGGUCACAUAGUGACACGGCUGUGCAAGAUGGAAGAUACACUAGUAAAAUCAACUCCGAUAGUCGCGCCGAGAUUUCGCCUAGUUUGAGCAAGAUUACCGAGCUUCAAAGAUCCCAUCCGCCAACUUAUCGUGAAGCGAUGAGUCGCAAAAAACUUUUUGAACAGACAAUGGAGCCGAGUAAUCAUGCAUUAUUGAUUAAAGUGGACAAGAAAAGUAACCAAAUGUCGACAGAUCAGAACGAUAACUUAAUGUCAAACGGACCAAAUGAAAUUAUUAUUGGGAAACAAUUAUCUAAGUCGCAACCUGGUUUUAGAAAGCAACUUUACAAAAACCCUCCAGUGAGGAGUUACAGUGCAGAUAAAUUCUCAGCACGCUACGAGGGUGGAAUUUUAUACCAUGAAUCUGAUUCAGAGUCCAGCGAAAGUGGAACCAUCAGUGCAGAGGACUUGCGUAUGGCUGAUGCAUCUUGGGAUAGAAAUGGACUGCAGGCUCCACAUGUCCAUCGGAGCGGUAGUGAUCGUGUCAUAAAAGAUAUUGUUGAGGAAGAGAGGAAAGCUGUUUUUUUGCACAGGAGUUAUAGUGACUCUGCAGGAGACAAAGACUUGCCUGAUCUGGUAUCAGACCGUAAAAACAAAGAUACAGAAACUCCACAGGUUGUGUCUUCCUUGUUUUACGGACAGGAGGGUGUCUUUGACUCAACAAAAACAAAGGGCGUUAAUAACACUUUGCAGCAGUCUAGCUCAAGCCAUUUUUAUCCUGUUCAACGAAACCCUAAUAGGCUGAGUUCAAACAGUUCCACUUAUUCCACGGACUCUGGACUGAGCCCGCAGACAAAAUACUUCCCAAAAAAAACUGAUUAUCGUGGAAGUAGUAACCCUAUAAACGGGAUCCAUGUUAGUAAAGAUGGAAGCAAAGAUUCCUCCUUACAUGCACGGCAGGGUUUUAAGUCCCGGCAACAAGGAAGCACAGACUCUGGUAGCUACAUGGAAGACUUUGGUAACUGUGUGUUCACCGAAGAAUCUUAUGUGUAGAUUUUAUUAAUUGGUUGUUGGAAAUUCAUUGUUGUCUAUCAGUAAAAUGAUUGGCCACUGAUGAAACUAGUUGAAGGAUCGAACUACCUCAAUAUUGGGCGGUUAUUUUUGAUUUUUGCUUAUUGACUGAAAUGUUAUGAUUUUAUUCAUUUAUAUGUAUUUAAAAAUCGAACUACUUGAACAUGUAUUCAGUAAUUUAGGUAAAUACAUGAAUAUGACUUCUAAGGUGCUAAUAUGCAAAACUAUUCUACUUAAUUUUUGUAUGCAUAGGACAUUAAUUACUAAAUAAAGUAGAAAGCAUUGAAUGAUUUGCUAUCAUGUGAUAUGAAGCGGCGAAUAUGAUGAUUAAUCAAUGACACAACUAAUGUGAUCACAUGAUUAUUCUCAAUGAUUGAUUAUCACUAAUGAUUAUGUG